GUAAAUUUCCCAACGGCCGUUUCUUCGUACUCAAAUCCCCCUUUCAAUUGAAGAUAACACGCAUCUUCUGGGAGACAAAAUGUUGUAUUUGGUUGGCCUCGGCCUCUCCGACGAGACGGAUAUCACCGUCAAGGGUCUUGAGGUCGUGAAGAAAGCUUCCCGGGUCUACCUCGAGGCCUACACUAGCAUCCUGCUCGUAGACCAGUCCGUGCUGGAAUCUUACUAUGGCCGCUCCAUCGUAGUUGCCGACCGCGAGAUGGUCGAGUCCAACAGCGACGAGAUCCUGCGCGAUGCCCAAAACGUCGACGUAGCCUUCCUGGUCGUCGGCGACCCCUUCGGUGCGACGACCCACACCGACAUGGUCCUCCGCGCGCGCGAGCUCGGUAUUCAAGUACGAACGGUUCCCAAUGCGUCCAUCAUGUCGGGCAUUGGCGCGGCUGGCCUCCAGCUCUACAAUUUCGGCCAGACCGUUAGCAUGGUGUUCUUUCUGGACAACUGGCGCCCGGCUAGUUUUUACGACCGGAUCAAGGAGAACCGAGACAUUGGCCUGCACACGCUCAUCCUCCUGGAUAUCAAGGUCAAGGAACAGAGCCUGGAGAACAUGGCCCGCGGCAGGAAGAUAUACGAGCCGCCCCGCUACAUGUCGGUCGGCACCUGCGCGCAGCAGAUGCUCGAGAUCGAGGAAGAGAAGGGGCUGGGGGCUUAUGGGCCGGAUAGUCUGGCCAUUGGCGCUGCUCGGGUGGGUGGCAAGACGGAGAAGUUCGUCGCCGGCACUCUGAAGGAGCUCUGCGACGCGGACGAGGAGCUUGGGCCUCCGCUUCACAGCAUGGUGUUGCUGGGGAGGAGGACACAUGAGCUGGAGCACGAUUUCGUUCGCGAAUUCGCCGUCAACAAGGAGAACUGGGAUAGGAUAUGGAAAGCCGAGUACGAGGGCAAGCAGUAA